GGCCGACGUGGACAUUGGGACUACUAUAAAUUCACUAAAGAGCGCUCCCUGCGCACUCUCCUCGAGCAAUUCUAGGCCUGGCAGGUCAAGACUGACAAUCCGUACCAGUUUCGCCCCUACCACACAUCAGCACUACCCAGCUCUCGUCCAUACUCACGGGCUCGUAACUACUUUGCAGAAUGCAUCACCACAAGAUAGCUCCUCCAUUUCAGGGGGCGCAGCCGAAGGCGCUAUUCUUCGAUGUUUUUGGCACGUGUGUCGACUGGCGGAAGACUGUUACAGAUGCACUUUACAACAGAGCUCAAGAAGCCUUGAACUCCUCAACUCCUUCGCUCUCUGGUCAAGCUUAUACGAAGGCUACAGCUAUGACGAAGGAAGACUGGGGCGAGCUCGCACAAGACUGGCGCAACACCUAUCUGGUAUUUACUCGUGCAAUUGCGAGCGACCCCGAUAUUCCAUAUAAGACCGUCGAUCAGCACCAUCUUGACGCUCUAGUGGAGCUUUUGGAGGCCGAGCAUUUGGCCUCUCUGUGGAAUGAGCAGCAGGUUCUGGAGCUUAGCAAAAUCUGGCAUUAUCUGGAUCCGUGGGUCGACACGCCACAUGGCAUCCGUGAGCUGAACAAGAAAUUCAAUACCUGUACGCUGAGCAAUGGCAAUGUCAGCCUUCUGGAGGACAUGGUCAAGCAUGGCGGCAUGCCUUUUACCCACAUCUAUUCCGCAGAGAUGUUCAAUUCCUACAAGCCGAGUCCCAAGGUCUAUCUUGGAGCUGCAGAGAAGAUGGGUAUCAAGCCUGAGGAGUGUGUGAUGGUGGCUGCGCAUUUGGACGAUCUCAAAGCGGCCAAGUCACUCGGCUUCCGCACGGUCUACGUGGAAAGGUCGUUGGAAGAGCGACAUCCUGAGCUGCGCGACGAGCAGGGCAUCGUUGAUGUUUGGGUCACCGAGGGUGAGGAUGGUUUCAUUGCUGCGGCCGAGAAGCUAGGCAUCGAGGUGCAGAGGUGAGUUGUGGUGUUGUUCAUGGUGUGAGCUUUGGCGUAUUGGCUGCCGCCAGUUCGGCGUUUUGCAUCGUGAUAGAAGUUCGAAUGUCUUGUGGUUGUUGCUCUUCGU